AUGAGUGCGGAGGAGGAGGAGGACCCCCGGGCGGGGACCGGCGUCGGCUCGGCGGUCCCGGGGCCCGGCUCACGCCUAUUCGGCUGGCUGCGCGGGCGCUGCUUGGGCCGCAGCGCUGCCGUGGACCCGGCGCGGGACACCUUCGGCGCCAUGACCGGGCUGUACGCCUCCAUCCAGCCUGCCGACUCCGUGUACCUUAGUACCCGCACGCACGGCGCCGUCUUCAAUCUCGAGUAUUCGCCCGACGGGUCAGUGUUGACUGUUGCUUGUGAACAGACUGAAGUACUGCUCUUUGACCCCAUAUCUUCAAAGCACAUCAAAACCCUCUCUGAAGCUCAUGAAGACUGUGUAAAUAAUAUAAGGUUUCUGGAUAAUCGACUGUUUGCCACCUGCUCUGAUGACACCACCAUAGCCCUCUGGGACCUGAGGAAGCUGAACACCAAGGUGUGCACCCUGCAUGGCCACACUAGCUGGGUGAAGAACAUCGAGUACGACACCAACACCAGGCUGCUGGUGACAUCAGGCUUCGAUGGCAACGUCAUCAUCUGGGACACCAACAGGUGCACAGAGGAUGGAUGUCCCCACAAGAAGUUUUUUCACACUCGUUUCCUUAUGCGCAUGAGGCUGACACCAGACUGUUCCAAAAUGCUGAUCUCAACCUCCUCUGGAUAUCUUCUGAUCUUGCAUGACCUUGAUCUCAACAAGUCAUUAGAGGUUGGCAGCUACCCAAUUUUGAGAGCUAGGAGAACUACAUCAAGUUCAGACAUCAUCUCAUCAUCGGGUUCCUCUGGCCUUCGAGCUGUGGGGUCACCCUGUCACCAGAAUGAUUCCAGUCCCCUCUCUGAGAAACACAUCUCCAGGUCCUCCCAGCGAGAAGGUGGGUCACCAAGAAAUAGCUUGGAGGUCUUAACACCAGAGGUUCCUGGAGAAAGAGAUCGAGGCAACUGCAUCACAUCGCUGCAGCUGCAUCCCAAAGGGUGGGCGACACUGCUUCGGUGCUCAAGUAAUACAGAUGACCAGGAGUGGACUUGCGUCUAUGAGUUCCAGGAAGGGGACCCGGUGCGCCCGGUCUCGCCGCGCUGCUCCCUGAGGCUGACUCACUGCAUCGAGGAAGCCAACGUUGGCCGGGGCUAUAUCAAAGAACUCUGCUUCAGCCCUGAUGGCCGUAUGAUCUCGUCCCCGCACGGCUUCGGGAUCCGCCUGUUGGGCUUUGAUGGCCACUGCAGCGAACUCGUUGACUGUUUGCCCAAAGAAGCCAGUCCCCUGAAAGAGAUCCGUUCCCUCUACUCCCACAAUGACGUGGUCCUGACAACCAAGUUCUCUCCAACACACUGUCAGAUUGCCUCGGGGUGCCUUAGUGGACGUGUUUCUCUCUAUCAGCCAAAGUUUUAG